AUGCUCCAAACUCACCUGCUGCAGAAAAAGAUGGGCCUGAGCACUUGUGACCAACAUGGAGAACAAGAGAUGUUCUUCUGUGAGGAAGACCAGAGGCCCCUCUGUGAAUCCUGCUUAUCAGCCCCAGAGCAUAAGAACCACCAAGUCCUUCCCUUGGAGACAGCUGCUGAUAAGUGCAAGAAGAAGCUCCGGGAGAUAUGGAGCAUCCUACAGAAGAAAGAACAGAAAUUUCAAAUUGCACUGGAUAUUUUGAGAAGAAGAAAGGCACAAUUCACAGAGCGUACCUACACUUUGAAAGAGACAGCUUUUUCUGAAUAUGGCAAAAUUCACCAAUUCUUAUGGGAUGAAAAUUAUGAAUACCAAAAAAGAUUGGUGAAGGCAUCCAGAAGGAACCUGCUCCAAGUAGAAGAGACUGAGAUCAAGCUGUUCCAACAAAUACAAAAGCUGCAACAAGUGAAGUUUGAAGUAGAAGAGAAUUUGGACAUGAUGCCCUUGGAAAUGAUCCAAGCUGUGCCAGACACUUUGAAAAAAAAGGAAGAACUUGGACUCCAAAGAUCAGCACUUCCUUCCAUUUCCUUGCCUACCUGCUCCAUUACAGGCAUGCGAGAAAUGCUUAUGAGUUUCCACAGGGAUAUAACUCUUGAUCCUGAAUCAGCCCAUCCUCAUCUCAUCCUGUCUGAGGAUUUGAAGAGGGUCCAGUAUGGAAGCAUCUGUCAAGACCUGCCUGACAACAAAGAGAGAUUUGACUGUGUUCUUGGGGUUUUAGGAGCCCAGAAAUUCACCUCAGGAAAACACUAUUGGGAAGUGGAGGUGGGAGACAAGACAGCAUGGGAAUUGGGCAUCUGUAAAGAUUCAGUCAGGAGAAAAGAGAAACAUGCUUUCUCAUCUGAGGAUGCAAUGACCGUCACAGCAUUCACAUCUGGAAAUAGUUUCUUCUUCUGUACUUCAGACAAGAACUUUCUACUGCGCCGACCUCUGCACAAAGUGGGCAUUUUUUUUGAUUAUGACAAACAACAAAUAGCAUUUUAUGAUCUUACAUACAGAUGCCUUAUCUACAGUAACUCAAAUAUGGAUUUGGAAGGGCCUCUUUGCCCUUAUUUCUCUCCUUGCCUUCCCAAUGAGAAAAACACCCCUGGUUCACUUAUCAUUUGCCCCAAGAGUCCACAGUAGAGGGCUGUCACAAGUACUAAUUACUAAGGAUGAUGUUCUGAAUGAUGAAUGAGUAUAACACUGCCAGUGCCACUCUAUUUCUUUGAAUUCCUGUUGAAAUUGUCAAUAAAGUGUGA